CACGUUUUAGUUACGUUCUUUUAUGUCGGAAGUGGUGUGGCGGAGAAGCCACGUUAACUUAUUAUUUUAAUGUAAAAAAAUAACUGGAAAGCGGAACUGUUAACCUGUUGUACUUUCAAAAACUAACCGUCAACGAGAAGAACUUGGUGUGCAAGACCACAAGUCAGCCUUUCGGACCGGACGAACGACAUGUCAGAAACCUACGAUUUCCUGUUCAAGUUCCUGGUGAUUGGCAGCGCAGGGACAGGGAAAUCCUGUCUACUUCACCAGUUCAUUGAAAAUAAGUUUAAACAGGACUCCAAUCACACUAUUGGAGUAGAGUUUGGCUCACGGGUGGUGAACGUUGGGGGGAAGACGGUGAAGCUGCAGAUCUGGGACACUGCUGGACAGGAGCGCUUCAGAUCUGUGACUCGCAGUUACUAUCGCGGAGCAGCUGGAGCUUUGCUAGUCUAUGACAUUACAAGUCGGGAAACAUACAAUUCCCUCACAAACUGGUUAACAGACGCAAGAACACUUGCAAGCCCCAACAUCAUCAUCAUUCUCUGUGGAAAUAAGAAGGACCUAGAUGCUGACCGGGAAGUGACGUUUCUGGAGGCGUCGCGCUUUGCUCAAGAGAACGAGCUCAUGUUCCUGGAGACGAGCGCAUUGACUGGGGAGAAUGUGGAGGAGGCUUUCCUCAAGUGUGCCCGCACAAUCCUCAAUAAGAUUGAGUCGGGAGAACUGGAUCCUGAGCGGAUGGGUUCGGGCAUCCAGUAUGGAGACACCUCCCUGCGGCAGCUUCGACAGCCUCGCAGUGCUGCUGCGCAGACCAGGCCGCAGUGCAACUGCUAGAGGACCUCGACCACUAACUCCAUGUCUACUCUCAGAUGCACAGGAUACUCGCUCCAGCUUUGCUGGAGCUGGAUUUACCUCUUUCCCCGUCCUUCCUCUGUGUUCCUCGUCUUUCGACCGCUAGAGGAACCUGCACCAUCUGCGGCGGCCCGCUUCGAAUCUUCGACUCCUGCCGCCCUCUGAUUUUGAACUUGUGCCAGGAUUGGAACUUCCUGCUGACUGAGGAAGCAAUGUCCUCUGCAGCAUGACCUGGUGGGCACUAUGCAGAACACUGAGCGGCGGGAGUCCAUCUGCGCCUCCUCAGGACACGUUGAAGAACCGUUUACAUCAAAGACAGAAGUUUGAGAGCCGUGCAGGUACCUCAUUGUGGGCACCAGUUGUAAUCCGCAUUUGCACAAAACCCACAAGCUGCAGAGCAUCUGUUUGUCAGGACUUAAUUUUCGACCAACUAAGUGGAUGGUGGAAUAUUAAUAUCAGUUGACUUUUCUGUGUGCUUGUAACAGAAAUCAGAGUGGUGGAAUGGUGCUGUGUUUAAUUUCUUUUUUGUGGAAUAUUAUGAACUGAAAGAAAUGUAAAGAAACUCUGCAGAUGUUCAUACCUCUUGUAACGUGCAAUCUAGUCAUGGCUGAAAAAGACAACACAAGCGUCUGAACUAUCUUAGUCCACCUUUCACCUUGUUUCCCAAUGAUUAGAGCUGUCAGUGAUGGGAAAUGCCCCACAAUCUUCAGUCUGUCUCGUGAUGUUUUUGGUGUCUUUGGGGACACUUUUCCCCAACGACUGAUCUUUUGCAGCUUUGUGGGAAGAGAGGCAGGUUUCAAUGUUAAUUCUGAUUGAGAUGGUGUAAAGGAGGAGACAUUUAUAAGAAGAAAAUUACUAAGGUUAGGAAAAACACCUUACAUGCUCUCUGGUUUAAACGAGUUCUUUGUAGAUUUGUCACUUUUGAGAUGCAACAUAUCCAAUAUUUAACAAGAAUGGAAAAUGGAUACCUUCCCUUCAUUAACCAUGGUGUAAAUUCUUUGCUUUUAAUAGAGCAAGGCUAGAGUGUGGCGUUUGGAUAAGGAUGGGUUAAGCAGAUUUUAUCGCACCGCAUCCAUCAGUAACAACUCUACCAUAAAAGCAGUAUGUUAGCAUUUGCAGUCUAACUGGCAGCAGAAACUAAUUUAAAGAAGCACAUAAACUGGUCAAGUAAAAAUGUAAAGGUGAAAUGUGUAUCUUCAUCUUAUAACUUUAUGAAGUUGUAACAGAGGUUCCAAAUCGUACUUUUGUUUAUUUUCUCCUAAAAAAUGCACUGUUGGUUCUUCUUAAAUAUAGUAAUUAUAAACCUUAGAAAUUACUUGCACAGUGAUACUAUGGUUAAUGAAAUCUGAAAUACAUAAAUAGCUAACAAAGUUAGUGUGUGCAUAUGUCUGUAUGAGAAGUUUUGUGGUUUUAAAUCUGAACAUUCCAAAACUUUGCUUGCUGUGCUGUUGUGUCACAUACAGAUAUAAUACAGAUUUACUUUCCCAAUACCACUUGCCUAAAAUACACACACA